AUGGCAAAUUCAGAUGAUGGAGAAAAAAACCAGAUAUCACAGGAAAAUGGUGCAACCAAAACUAAGAUACCUGGUGAUUUAGGGUGGCAAUCAUCUCAUCGUAAACUUCCGAAGCCUACUUUUUUGGAUCUCAAGCGCGUAAAUCAUGCAGAUUUUCUACAAACACCUGAUUUAAACAAAGUAAUCAUCUCCAGUCCACAAUUAGAUUCAAUGGUUGCUCAAUUUCCUCCAACAAUACCUAAUCUAACCCCUGCUCUCGAAGUCUUACCCACUAUGGAAAGUAGUAACCACAGUAAUAAUACCGACAGUAGUGACAAUAACAAUAAUAUUUCAUCUAAUGAUACCAUCAAUAAUAUUAGCAACAACAGCAACAGCAAUGGAUCUACGUUACCUGAUGAAGACAAGUUGAAAUUGGAAAGAAAACGAGAGAGGAAUCGUCAAGCAGCAGCCAAGUGCCGUAACAAAAAGAUUCAAAAAAUUACCGAACUUGAAGCCAAAAAAGCUCAACUAAUUAAACAAAAGGAAACUUUAACGGAGAAUAUCAAAAAAUACCAAGACGAAAUCGACACUCUCCAAAGACUCCUUGUAGAAAGGAUCAAAAACUCCGGUGUUAUAGAUUUAACCUACUGA